GAGGGGACGGGAUCGGGCCGGAGGAAGAGGAGGGACCUCGGGCACUGCAGGGAGUCCGGUCCGGUGCGGAGCCCGGAGAGCCGGGCCGCCGAACCCCCCCCCCCCCCCGGAGACAUGAAGACCCCGGCGGACACAGGCUUCGCCUUCCCGGACUGGGCCUACAAGCCCGAGUCGUCGCCGGGCUCCCGGCAGAUCCAGCUGUGGCACUUCAUCCUGGAGCUGUUGCGGAAGGAGGAGUACCAGGAUGUCAUCGCCUGGCAGGGGGACUACGGGGAGUUCGUCAUCAAGGACCCCGACGAGGUGGCCCGCCUCUGGGGGGUCCGCAAGUGCAAGCCCCAGAUGAACUACGACAAGCUCAGCCGGGCCCUGCGCUACUACUACAACAAGCGAAUCCUGCACAAGACUAAAGGGAAGCGCUUCACCUACAAGUUCAACUUCAACAAACUGGUGCUGGUGAACUACCCCUUCAUCGACGUGGGGCUGGCCGGCGGGGCGGUGCCCCAGAGCGCGCCCCCGGUCCCGUCGGGCGGCAGCCACUUCCGCUUCCCGCCGUCGACGCCGUCGGAGGCCCUGUCGCCCACGGAGGACCCCCGCUCCCCGCCGGCCUGCUCGGCGGCGGCGGCCGCCUCGGCGUCGUCGCUCUUCUCGGCCGUGGUGGCCCGGCGGCUGGGCCGCGGCUCGGUCAGCGACUGCAGCGACGGGGCCUCGGCCACCUCGGAGCUGGAGGAGCCCCUGGGCGAGGACCCCCGGGCCCGGCCGCCGGGGCCCCCCGAGCUGGGCGCCUUCCGCGGGCCGCCGCUGGCCCGCCUGCCCCCCGACGCCGGCGUCUUCCGCGUCUACCCGCGGCCCCGCGGCGGGCCCGAGCCCCUCAGCCCCUUCCCCGUGUCGCCCCUGGCCGGGCCGGGCUCCCUGCUGCCGCCGCAGCUGUCCCCGGCCCUGCCCAUCACGCCCACCCACCUGGCCUACACGCCGUCCCCGACGCUCAGCCCCAUGUACCCGGGGGCCGGGGCGGCGGCGGCGGCGGGCCCCGGGGCCUCCGCGGCCGGCGGCGGCGGCGUUGGCGGCUCCCACUUCUCCUUCAGCCCCGAGGACAUGAAACGCUACCUGCAGGCUCACACCCAGAGCGUCUACAACUACCACCUCAGCCCCCGCGCCUUCCUCCACUACCCCGGGCUGGUGGUGCCCCAGCCCCAGCGCCCGGACAAGUGCCCGCUGCCCCCGCUGCCCCCCGAGACGCCCCCGGCCCCGUCCUCGUCCUCCUCGUCGUCGUCCUCGUCCUCCUCGUCGUCGUCCUCGUCGUCCUCCUCCUCCUCCCCGUUCAAGUUCAAGCUGCAGCCGCCCCCUCUGGGGCGCCGGCAGCGGGCGGAGAAGGGGCCCGGCGGGGACGGGGGCGCCGGGCCCGGCCAGCCGCCCGCCCCCGCCCCGCCGCCGCCGCCGCCGCCGCCGCCCCAGAUCAAGGUGGAGCCCAUCUCCGAGGGCGAGUCGGAGGAGGUGGAGGUGACGGACAUCAGCGACGAGGACGGGGAGGGCGAGGUGUUCAAGGCCCCCCGCGCGCCCCCGGCCCCCACCAAGCCGGAGCCCGGCGAGCCCCCCGGGGCGCAGUGCAUGCCCCUCAAGCUGCGCUUCAAGCGGCGCUGGAGCGAGGACUGCCGGCUCGACGGGGCCGGGGGGCCCGCCGGGCCCGACGACGAGGGCGAGGACAAGAAGGUGCGCGGAGACGGGGCCGGGGGCGGCGGCGGCGGUGGCGGGGUGGGGGCCGAGGGGCCCGGCGCCGGACCCCCGGCCUCCAACCCGCCCCGGCGGGUCAGCGCCGACCUGCAGCACGCCACGGCCCAGCUCUCGCUGGAGAACCGGGACUCCUGAGGCCCCCGGCCCCUCCUUCCUUCCCUCCCUCCCUCCCUCGCAGCCCCCCUAAAUC